AUGACGGACUCUUCUAUCACGAUCAGAUUUUACCUUGCAUUCCUUGAGCAGUGGGAGAAGCUUCAGACGCCUCGCUCCACUCCGAGACUCCCUGCACAAUUGAUAUGUCGAGCAGUUCGCUAUGUGCUGGAGGAAGAUAACGCUUGCAAGUUCAGAGGUUAUGUUCUCGAUGGGUUCCCACGUACUGCGGAGGAAGCUCAUGAGCUGUUCAUGACACCGUCAGAAGGGGACGAGGAAGUUGAAGGACAAAAUGAAGACGAUGGGGCGCCGAGGAAGUUCGCGAUUCGCUGCUGGGAUCGAGCAAGCUCGAACGGUGGCCUCAGGCUCAUCGUAAACGAUGCCAUACGUCCUGCAUGGGCGUUCCUACUCGAUAGCAACCUUGAAUCGUGCAGGAGGAAGGAGAUAGAGAGUCAUGGUGAGGUGACGGUCCUGGAUGCCUUGAACGGUGUUUUGGACGGGCAGAUGGUCUGUCGGGAGAUCAGAGUGGACGGCGUUGAUGCUGAUGAUGUUGUUGAUAUAAUGGCGCAGUGUAUCGAAUAUGAUGGAUGUCCGUACAACUAUCUUCCGUCCAAAAGGGAUGAGGUAGAAUCGAAGACUAUCGAGAUGGAACAUGAGGAGCUCCGAAGGAAGGAAGCAGAGACUCGCGUCCGCGAGGAGGCUCUUGCGAAGGAGGCGGCUGAGAUCGAGAUCAGGAGAUGUGCUGAGGCUGAUCGUCUGAAGCAAGUGAGGGAUAAUGAACAGCAAAUUCUGGAGAAGUAUAGCAGAAGUUUACGCGAUUACCUCCUUGAUAACGUCGUGCCGGUUCUGAGAGAGGGGAUCAUCGAAGCUUGCGAGAAGACGCCAGAGGAUGCAGUUUCUUUCCUAGCCGAGUCGGUCGAGCUGACGGAGUCUCCGUAUCUGUUCCACCGCUCAGUAACGGCUGGAGAGGGGAAGAAACCUGCUGAAGAUUCUUCAAUGGAGAGUAGAAGGUUUGGUAAGGGUAAACUCAUCAAACGUGUUUCUCAUUUGCUGGGAGAUUAUUGGAGCGGCUUAAUGAUCUUCGGAAGGAUCGUCUACCUGAUGCAUUGCAUCACCAUGCUUAUCCUUCAUAUAGAGAUAAUACGAUCGCCCCCUGCUUAG